AUGGUGGAAAUAGUAGUGCUAAAGAAAGAAAUUAUAUACCAAUUAUAUUAUGUUAUAAUCCUUAUUAGAUGCCCCGUAAAAUCCCUUGCUCGAUUCAAAUCUGUUUGCAAAGAGUGGAAUUCCAUCAUUUCAAGCCCUGAGUUUGUGCAUUCCCAUUUCAAUUUCUCAAAAUCAAACCCUAACUUUGUCGAAACCCUAAUUCUUUCUCACUUAUAUGAUAAUAGAAAUUUUGAAUUGCGUAAGCGCCGUACAACAAUCAAGAACAUUAACGGUGAAGAACAACAUGAUGAUGUUUGGGAUACAAUACCUAUCCGACAGCAACAAAUAUUUCGAGUGAGUAAUGUAGUAGUUAUCGGUUCAUGUAACGGUUUGUUAUGCAUUUAUAUUCAAACAGAUUCUUCAGAUUGCUAUGGCAUUUGGAAUCCCUGUAUAAGCCAUUUUCGUAAAGUACUCUCACCCAAAUGUGAUAUACCUGCCACAGGUUUUGGAUAUGUUGAUGAAGACUAUAAGAUUUUUCUCUUUGAGGCUGGUUGUUAUGAUUUUGCAAUUCUUGCAGUAAAUGUCUACUCUUUGAAAUCUAAUUCAUGGACUGAAAUUUCUCUACAAAAAACCUCAUGUAAAACUGAUUCAAUUACCCGAAUGACACCAUCUAAUAUUGGAGAUUCGUCCCUUCAUGUAACUGCUUCUGUUGGUGAAUACGCUAAACACUUGGUAGAAAUCUGGAGUUUUGAGGAUGAGGAAAAAACUCAAACAUGGACAAUGGUGUUUAAAUUAAAUGUUUCACAUUUUAGGUGGUUUGUAGAUGAACGUAUACAAGUUGUUGCAUUUACAAAAGCUGGAAAGAUAGUUAUGCGAAAGGGUUAUAAACUUUUCAUGGUUGAUCUAAAUAGGGAUCCUUUAACGUUUGUGGUAAUAAGGAAGGUAGGUGUUGUAUUUAGCUACCAUGAGAGCCUUGUUUCUCCAUACAAUUACAAACCAGUAAGGAAAAAGGUUGGGGAUACAUACCAUUCAUAUCGCUUUAUUGAACAAGGACGUACGAUUUUGGGUGAUCGAUGA